AUUACAAUCAGAACAGAGCUCAGCAUGUUGAAGACAGCAGCCUCUGCAGGUUGGUUACUCAUUAGCGAAAAGGAAAGCGUAGUGGGGUGGCCGGGAAGUGGAGAGAGAGCUGUUGGUACAGGCCAGGCAGGAAGCUUUACCUGGGUUAGUGUCUUUCUUUCACUGGCAUUUUCUUGGGACACAGGGCAGAGCAGCUGUUUUCUUAUCUAGCCGAACGUCCCCCUGUAACAUUUUUUGUUGUUGCGGGACUGAUUCCCAAGCAGGAAGAGAGGUACCUUCCGGCCUAGCAGCUGCCCAGUGCCCACUGACUUCUGCUCUGGGGCAGCUGCGGCCGAGGAUAGCAAGGCGGAGGGUGCGUGCAGGCAGAGCUUGCUGUGGCCAGGGCGACAGGACAUGCGAACUCUCUGGAGUACGGUGAACAGGGCCUGAAUUCUGAGUUGCCUGGUGUGGGAAGAGCAAGGGGACCUGCGGCGAUUGAGUGGAGAGGAAGACUUAUCCCCUGAUACUGGCCAGGCCACCAUGGGCAACGUCUGUUUGAGGCUCCGCGCAUACUUGCAGCCCUACCUCCCCUGUCUGUCCCAGGACACCGACAGCUCGGUGGUGAUCGAGAACCCAGGGGCCCGCUGUGCCCCCGAACCUCCACCGUCUCCGAAGCAGAAGCUGGAGACAAGCCCUGGCCAGUACUUCGUCGCUCUGUUUGAUUACCAAGCUCGGACGGCAGAGGACCUGAGCUUCCGCGCAGGAGACAAACUUCAAGUCCUGGACACUUCCCAUGAGGGCUGGUGGUGGGCCAGACACUUGGAGAAAAGGGAAGACAGCUCUGGCCAGCCGCUGCAGGGCUACAUCCCUUACAACUACGUGGCUGAGGACAGGAGCCUGCAGGCAGAGCCGUGGUUCUUUGAAGCAAUCAAAAGAGUGGAUGCAGAAAAUCAACUGCAAUACUCAGAAAAUCAGACAGGUGCCUUUCUAAUCAGAGAAAGUGAAAGCCAGAAAGGAGAGUUCUCCCUCUCAGUUUUAUAUGAAGGAGAUGUGAAACACUACAGAAUUAAAAGACUGGAUGAAGGAGGCUUUUUUCUUACCCGGAGAAAAACAUUUUCUACUUUGAAUGAACUUGUGAGCUAUUACACUAAGACAAGCGAUGGCCUGUGUGUCAGGCUGGAAAAACCAUGCUUAAAGAUACAGGUCCCAACUCCUUUUGAUCUGUCCUAUAAAACUGUGGACCAGUGGGAGAUAGAGCGCAGCUCCGUGCAGCUUCUGAAGCGACUGGGAUCCGGUCAGUUUGGCGAAGUCUGGGAAGGCCUGUGGAACAACACUACACCAGUAGCUGUGAAAACAUUAAAACCAGGUUCAAUGGAUCCAAACGACUUUCUGAGGGAGGCACAGAUAAUGAAGAGCCUAAGACAUCCAAAGCUUAUCCAGCUUUAUGCUGUUUGCACUUUAGAAGAUCCAAUUUAUAUUAUUACAGAAUUGAUGAGACAUGGAAGUCUACAUGAAUAUCUCCAAAUUGAUGCUGGGUCAAAAAUCCACCUGAGCCAACAGGUGGACAUGGCAGCACAGGUAGCUUCAGGAAUGGCCUACCUGGAGUCCCGGAACUACAUCCACAGGGACCUGGCUGCCAGAAAUGUUCUCGUUGGUGAACACAAUGUCUACAAAGUGGGAGACUUUGGACUUGCAAGAGUCUUCAAGGCAGGAAAUGAAGACAUCUAUGAACAGAAACAAGAAAUAAAGCUGCCGGUGAAGUGGACUGCGCCUGAAGCCAUUCGUAGUAAUAAAUUUAACAUUAAGUCCGAUGUGUGGUCAUUUGGAAUUCUUCUUUACGAAAUAAUUACUUAUGGCAGAAUGCCUUAUAGUGGCAAGACAGGUGCUGAAGUAGUUCAGAUGUUGAGUCAAAACUAUAGACUCCCACAACCUUCCAACUGUCCUGAGCAAUUCUACAGCAUCAUGUUGGAGUGCUGGAAUGCAGAACCCAAGGAACGGCCAACGUUUGAGAAACUAUGUCUGAAACUUGAGAACUAUUUUGAUACAGACUUAUCAUAUUCAGAAACAGAUAACUUCAUAAAUGAAUGCUGAAGAAGAAAUAAUGAAGAAACUAAAAAUGCAAUAAUCAGUCUAGAAAUACAAUCAGUAGCAAAUGCAAAAAUCAGUUUAUCUUGACAUAUUCAUGUGAUAGGGUAAAUUUGGUCAUGCAUUAUUAAAAUAAUACUACAUAUGAAUUUUAUUGACAGGGAAAUACUGUAGGCCAGUUCAAGAUGAUGUAUCAUUUUCUCACUGCAUGGUAAAAUCACACACAUUAAGUGAAGUUACUUUUUCUUAUAUUUCUAUUUAUUGUUUUGAAUGCUGAUCAAAAGAAUUAACAGGAUAGUCAAUUUUUGCUCAGUGACGGUAUAGCAUUUUCCUGUUUAGUAAUUAGGCUGGUUAUUCAUUAUCCCUUGGAUUGCAAAUCCCAUCAGGCUGUUAUUAUGAAGGAAACUGAUUGGUUUGCUGCACAGCAGGAUCUGUGCUUUGGGAAAAAUAUUUUUUAAAAAUAUCCUGUAACUGCAAUGGUGGCAAAGCCAUGGUAAAUGACUCGAUUGCACUUGAAGUAAUUGCACAUAUUUUUCCUAUAUAUAAGAAACAUGA